AUGGCUCAAGUUGACGCUGAUUUUACCUCUCUUCAAGAUCCUGCUGACCGCCCUCGGACACUCAGCGACCAACAGAAACAAAAGAUCAUCGAGAAUGGCCCCUACCAGCCAAAGUUGAAGCGUUAUCCAGAAAGCCAAGACAUCUCAACAAAAAAACAGUGUAGAUUUUCAAGCGGGUGGUAUAAGAAAUAUCCACAUCUAGAGUAUAGCGUGAAAGAAGACACAGCCUCGUGUUUUGCUUGUUGUCUAUUUCCAACUGGAGUUGGUAGAGAGCGAUCUUCUGAUGCUUGGGUUAAAGGCGUUAAAGGAUGGGACAAAAUGAAAAGCGUCGGCAAGGAAUAG